AUGUCAUUCGACGGACAUGUGCACCAUACCGCGCCAUCGAACUUCUCAGCUUUCGUCGACGAGGCCGGUCCGUUAUCGGCAAAGGGCCGAUGCGACAGCCUGCAAUCCAGUUUUGGAUCGCAAUCGCCAACGAUGCCGCAAACACAAGUAGGACGGAGACGGGGAUCCGAAUACGCAGAACCAGGGUCUGCGCGAGCAGUAUACCUUGAGAAGAAUCGCAAGGCCGCGAGUAAAUGCAGGAGCAAACAGAAAAGGCAGCAAGAGGAGCUUGUUGAGACCGCUCGAGAGGUGGAACGACAGAACAAGAUACUCAAAGCUGAAGUCGAAAUCUUAAAGAGUGGCAUGCGGGAUCUGAUGGAGCUUGUCGGCCAGCAUUCGGACUGUCCCGAUGCUCGUCUGAGACUCUACGUACAGCGCGAAGCGGAUCGUUUGGCAAUCGGAGGCAUGCGAAAUACUCUACCAUCACCAUUGUCAAACAUCUCCUAUUCAGGCCAAAGCUCGAAUGGCAAAUUAUCAUCGCCGGAAAAUGAUUGA